GUUCUUAGUUCCCUCAUUUCCCACGUCUCUCUCUCUCUCUCUCUCUUCUAUCUUUCUCUCUCUUUUUCUCUCUCUCUCAUUAACUACUUGCGACUUAUCUGUCUUCCGGUACCGAGAUCGAAGAAACGUCCCGAAUCAUCCCAUCUUAUGAUUUGGCUCGUCUCGUCGAACACUGGUCCCUGUCCUUCCUUCACAGAAUCCAACCACUUCUAUCAGAUAUAGCAAGAGAACCACCCCCCUUCAGCGAAGCUUGGAAGCCGAUAUCCUAUUUCGUACUUCCUUCUUCAGUCAUUCCUUCAUUCUAAGAGCAAGAGACACUAUACAUUCAUUCACAUCGUCGUCGAUUGCCUGUUGCUCGGGAUAUAACCAGAGCAUUCAUCGCUUCGGACGCACACCACACUACUACUAUACUAUAUUUAAUAUCUUAGAGAGUAGAGUCAACUCUACUCUCGCCCAAUCCUCAAACAUCUCACCACCUAUCUAGUGAUCGCCAAUAAUGGACGCAACAUACACAAUGGCUCCCACCUCGGUGCAGGGACAACCGUCAUUUGCAUACUACCCGGCUGCUGACUCGCAACCGAGACAACAGCAACAUUUCACCAGUCACCCGUCCGACAUGCAACCGUACUAUGGACAGGUGCAGGCCUACCAACAACCGCAGCACGGUCUUCCAGAGCAACCCAUGUACACCACGCUGAACAUGCACCAGAUGGCUACCGCGAAUGCAUUCCGUGGGGCCAUGAACAUGACCCCCGUCGCCUCUCCUCAGCCAUCCCACAUGAAGACUGCCUUUGUUGGCCAGCAUGGUUCGACUCUGAUGCCUCUGGACACGCGGUUCGUCAGCAGUGACUACUACGCUUUUCCUUCUACUCCCCCUCUUUCUACUGCCGGAAGCUCGAUCAGCAGCCCGCCGUCGACCAACGGUACGCUGCAUACCCCGCUUCAAGACAGCUUCUUCGCAUUCGAGAAAGUUGAGGGCGUGAAAGAGGGGUGUGAAGGCGAAGUCCACGCCGAACUCCUGGCGAACGCUGACUGGACCCGGUCUGCUUCGCCUCCUAUGACGCCUGUUUUCAUUCACCCCCCUUCUCUCGCCGCCAGCCAAAGCUCCGAUCUUCUGUCUGCCAACAGCUCCUGCCCGUCUCUUUCCCCUUCGCCGCCGCCCGUUUCCAACAUGCUUGCCCAGUCUCAAUCGGGUCUCCCUGUGGAACAGUCCAACUCCGACUUUUGCGACCCCCGCCAGCUGACCGUGGAGUCUUCGAUCAACGCCGCUACCCCUGGGGAUCUUCCCCCGCUGCCCGCUCUUGGCUGCGAUGAGGAGGAGCCCAAGGUCGUCCUGACCAACGAGGCUGUGACCCUGCCAAUCCAUGAGAACCCGUCGCCUUGCUUCACUUCUUGCACCGAGGAUCCCCUGAGUACCUUGCCCACCUUUGACAGCUUCUCUGACCUGGACUCGGAGGACGAGUUUGUGAACCGCCUCGUCGACUUCCACCCCAGCGGUAACGCUUUCUACAUGGGUGACAAGCGCCAGCGCAUGAGCACCUACUCGCUUGACGAGGAUGAGUUCCUGAGCGAGGAGAGCCUGGAUGAGUCGGAUGACCAGGACUCGAGCCUGUCUGGACUCCCCACUCUGGAUAGCUCCGAGUUCACUGGGUACCCUAGCAGCGUUAGCGAGGCCUCCACCGACAUGAGCAAGAAGCGACGCAAGUCGGUUAAGAACCCGGAGACCGACGAGGCCGGCAAGAAGGCCCACGUUUCUGUCAGCGCUCGCUCCGGCAGUGCCGACUCGUUGACCCACUCGGCCGAUGGCUGCUGCGGCUCGGAAGUCAACGCUUCCAGCCCCUCCGAGGCUCCCUCCGCCCCUGUGUCGGUCAACCGUCGCGGCCGCAAGCAGUCGCUGACUGACGACCCCUCCAAGACGUUCGUCUGCACCCUGUGCUCGCGUCGCUUCCGUCGCCAGGAGCACCUCAAGCGCCACUACCGGUCUCUGCACACUCAAGACAAGCCCUUCGAAUGCAACGAGUGUGGUAAGAAAUUCUCGCGCAGUGACAACCUCGCUCAGCACGCCCGCACUCACGGCAGUGGAUCGAUGGUGAUGGGCGUUCUUGAUGCGUCCCAGCGGGGUUCCUUCGACGAGCGCGAUCCCAGCACAUUGGGAGCAGCGCUGUACGAAGCUGCCAACGCUGCCGCCACGAAGUCGACAAUGAGCGACUCUGAGGACGGCAUUUCCGAGACACCGUCCGUCGACCGACGUGCCGCCAAGAAGCGCAAGCGCGAGGAGAACGCUUAAACCGUUCCCCGCUUACAGCUUAUCACGAUGAAAUGAGACCAGGAGCAUCCUCUUAUAAACUAAUAUCUAUACACAUAUAAUCAUUCCAACCCUGGGUUGGAUACUCAUCGUUCUUUUGCGAUUUGGCGUCCGGGCAUUCACACUGGCGGUGACGGAAAGGUGUACGGCAUCGAAGUCUUUUCUCACGGCUGGCAGAGAAGACAAAAUUAUACAGGUUUCAUGGUCGGCGAAUGACCGGCAUUCUUUUUUUUUUUAUUUGGAGGCAAUAGACCGGCUGUCUGGGCGCACUCUGGAGUCCAUGGUUGGCCUAAAAUCAUAGAACGCAUUUGUCUCCUAUUGUUUCGAGACAAGGACGGUGACUGGGGUUUUGUUUGCUUUUGUCCGAUUUCCUUUUUCUGUCUUUGCAUUUGUUUUUCUUGUCUGCACAUCUGACACACAUUUGCCAUUUACCCUCUUCCCCUGGAAUGGAUCGAUCUGUUGAAUCCAAAGUCUGAUCAACCGACCAUCCUGGGACUUCUUGUACUCCCCAUUUUUCCUACCCUCACAUUAUUUUCGCUUCUCUAUCCAUACUUCUCGUUCACCCCCUUCUUGUAUCCCUUAUUUCGAUGUAAUCAUCUUUCUGUGUUGAUUUUGGUUUUUGUUUGAUCUUUCCCAUCUCGCACCCCAACUCAUUUUCUUGUGCUGGUCACAUGUAUAAUCUAAUUCCGAUCUCCCCCCAAUCGUUGCCUCAUACCCCUGUGCGCAUAUCUCCUUUUUCCCCCCCUUGUCUGAUCUUUAUCUUGUUGUUUCCAACCCCAUUCAGUUUGUGGUUUCUUGCACUGUGCAUAAUUAUUCCCCUCUUCUGCUAUUCUUUGUUGAGCGUACCAUUCGUUUGCGGCAUAACUAGUGUGAUAAUUGAGGAUUUGUGAAU